UGGCUGCGGUGUUCACCUGAACUGCAACUGAAUGACAGAGUAAACGAAACGACAAAAUAACAACGACCAAUUUCUACCUAAAAAACAUCCUUUUUAACCUAACAAAUCUCCCAAUUCACUAGCCAAAUGCCUACAGCAAUGGCCACGAUCGAGCAAGCCUCACAGCUUUUGGAUUUUUCGCAAAAGCUCGACAUCAGUUUGUUAGACAGUGUUGUCUCGUGGUUCUAUUGCUCUUUCGGGCCACAGCAAAAAGUAGCCGGAGAAAUACUAACCCAACUGAAGCAGCACCCAGACGCUUGGACAAGAGUUGACACUAUUUUAGAAUUCUCACAAAACCAAGAAACUAAGUAUUUUGCAUUACAGAUUUUAGAAAUUGUUAUAAAGACUCGCUGGAAAAUCUUGCCUACUGAGCAACGUGAGGGAAUCAAAAAGUACAUUGUUGGUCUCAUAAUCAAAAUUUCAUCAGACUCUACAGAUGUCGAAAAAGAGAAGAUUUAUCUCUCUAAGCUGAACAUGAUACUAGUGGAGAUCUUGAAGCAUGAAUGGCCCACAAAAUGGCCAACAUUUAUCUCUGAUCUUGUGGGUGCAAGCAAAGCCAAUGAAUCGCUAUGUCAAAACAACAUGAUUAUUUUAAAAUUAUUAAGUGAAGAAGUUUUUGACUUUUCAAGUGGUCAGAUGACACAAAAUAAAUCAAAACACUUGAAGGACAGCAUGUGCAGUGAAUUCUCUCAGAUAUUUACACUAUGUCAGUUUGUCAUGGAUAAUUCUCAAAAUGUAACACUUGUUCAGUCUACUCUUGAGACAUUGCUAAAAUUUCUCAACUGGAUUCCUCUGGGCUACAUUUUUGAGACAAAAGUAAUCAGCACACUAAUAUACAAGUUCCUGAAUGUUCCUUUGUUUCGAAAUGUUACCUUAAAAUGUCUCACAGAAAUUGCGGCAAUCAAUGCAAGUCAAUAUGAUGAACAGUUUCUGGACCUCUUUUCCUUCACAAUGGCACAACUGAAACAGAUGUUGCCACUAACUAUCAACAUCCAUAAUGCCUAUGCCAAUGGAAGAGAUGAUGAACARAAGUUCAUCCAGAAUCUCAGUCUGUUUCUUUGUACUUUCCUAAAAGAACAUGGUAACUUAGUUGAAAAGAAGACAGUAAAUGUUAUUUCCAUGUCACAUGACUAUAGUAAUCAAAAUGGUGAUGGAAAAGUGAACAGGGUUGACCUGCAYACCACACUACUAGAGGCACUUCAUUACCUUGUUCUUAUCUCAGAAGUGGAAGAAACAGAAAUCUUUAAGAUUUGCCUGGAGUACUGGAAUAGUUUGGCAUCAGAUCUGUACAGGGAAAACCCUUUUUCAUCUACCAGUAAUCCAUUGCUGAUACAAAACCAACAAGUUCCACCAAGAAGGCAACUUUACUUGGCUGUACUUACCAAGGUACGACUUAUCAUGAUUUCAAGAAUGGCUAAACCAGAAGAGGUUCUUGUUGUUGAGAAUGAUCAAGGUGAAGUUGUGAGAGAAUUUAUGAAGGACACUGACGCUAUCAACUUAUACAAAAACAUGAGAGAAACACUAGUAUAUUUAACUCACUUGGACUAUCAAGACACUGAGAGAAUCAUGACAGAAAAGCUACAAAAUCAAGUGAAUGGAACAGAGUGGUCAUGGAAAAAUCUCAAYACUCUUUGCUGGGCUAUUGGUUCAAUCAGUGGAGCAAUGCAUGAAGAGGACGAGAAGAGAUUUCUUGUUACUGUUAUUAAGGACUUACUUGGUCUUUGUGAAAUCAAACGAGGAAAAGACAACAAAGCAAUCAUUGCAUCCAAUAUCAUGUAUAUUGUUGGACAAUAUCCUAGGUUUUUACGAGCGCAUUGGAAAUUCUUGAAAACUGUUGUAAACAAGCUUUUUGAGUUCAUGCAUGAAACCCAUGAUGGUGUUCAAGAUAUGGCAUGUGAUACUUUCAUCAARAUUGCUCAAAAGUGCAAACGGCAUUUUGUACAGGUUCAAGUUGGCGAGGUAAUGCCGUUUAUUGAAGAAAUUCUCAACAGCACUCAAUCAAUCAUCUGUGAUCUUCAGCCUUUGCAAGUGCACACCUUUUAUGAGGCAGUAGGAUAUAUGAUCAGUGCACAGAAUGACCCAGUUGUGAUGGAAAGAUUGAUUGAAAAGUAUAUGGCAUUACCAAACCAAGCUUGGGACAAUAUCAUCCGAGAGGCAACAAGAAAUAUUGACCAUUUGAAAGAAAUAGAGGUUGUUAAACAAUUAGGAAACAUUCUCAAAACAAACGUCCGUGGAUGCAAGUCUGUUGGCCAUCCAUUUGUCACUCAGCUUGGCCGYAUUUACCUAGACAUGCUUAAUGUAUAUCGAUGCUUAAGUGAAAAUAUCUCUAUGGCAAUUACUAAAAAUGGUGAACUAGUCAUGAAGCAACCCCUUAUAAGGGCCAUGAGAACAGUUAAAACUGAGGUGUUAAGAUUGAUAUCAACUUGGGUUAGCAAGUCAAAUGACCCUAAACUGGUGUGUGAUAACUUCAUUCCYCCCUUACUUGAUGCAGUGUUAGGGGAUUACCAACGUAAUGUUCCUGGUGCCAGAGAACCUGAAGUACUCAGUACUAUGGCAACGUUUAUCAAUAAAUUAGAGAACCAUGUUACUAAAGAUGUUCCAAAAAUAUUUGACGCUGUCUUUGAAUGUACUCUCAACAUGAUCAACAAGGACUUUGAGGAGUUCCCAGAACACAGAACAAACUUCUUCCUGCUUUURCAAGCUGUGAUGCAACAUUGUUUCAAAGCUCUAAUAAGCAUACCUCCUGAACAGUUCAAGCUUGUGCUAGACUCUAUCAUCUGGGCAUUCAAGCAUACAAUGAGAAAUGUUGCUGAUACAGGUCUUCAAAUUCUGUUUUCACUUGUCAAGAAUAUUGAGAAUGAAGAUGCUGCACAAAGUUUUUAUCAAACUUAUUAUAUGAUGAUUGUACAACAUAUUCUGUCUGUUGUCACAGAUACAUCACAUACUGCAGGUCUUACAAUGCAUGCAACAAUAUUAGCRCACAUGUUUAGCCUCGCAGAAUCAGAAAAGAUUACUCAGCCAUUAUUUAAUGCUGCCGAUGCACAGUUUCCAUCCAACAAGGCAUAUAUUCAAAGCUAUAUCACCAAUAUCUUGAAACAAGCUUUUCCUCACUUAAAAGAUCAACAAGUUCAAAUAACAGUACAAGGUUUGUUUAACCUAAACCAAGAUAUCCCAGCAUUCAAGGAACAUUUACGAGACUUCUUAGUACAAAUAAAGGAAUAUAGAUCAGAAGAUACCACUGACCUGUACUUAGAAGAGAGGGAGUCACAGCUAAAAACAGCUGAAGAUGAAAAGCGCAAAGUGCAAAUGGCAGUUCCUGGCAUAAUCAACCCACAUGAUAUUCCUGAAGAAAUGCAGGAUUAGAAAUAUUCAAAUAGUUAUUAAUAUUUUACUAUCAAAACUACUAUUGGUCUACAAGUUUAGGUACUAAGAAUGAGAAGAAGUGUGUAAAUUUAAGAUACUCUUCUAGUCUGAGUGACAAGAGUAUGAUCCAUAUAUAGAAAUCUAUGAAAUGUCAAUAUAUAUUAAGUUCCUUCACUGGAAUAUCAAGCAUGACUAAGUUAUUAUUAGUGAGGGAUAGUGUACAUAUUCCAGUAUUUUUUACAAAGUUAUGUAAUUUUAGUUCAAAUACAACUGUAACUUUCACUUAGUUGCAGUAUGAGUCUUAGUCACUUUAGCCUGCAUAUCAUGGGUAAAUAAUGUAUAUGUACACACAACUAACCUUAGUUCUAGUUAAUUUUUUUUCUUGUGUAGUUCCAAAGUUCCAGUUUUUCCUCAGUUGAAAUAAAUUUAUACCCAAAGACACU